AUGAUGACUCAACUUCCGUCGGUGUUUGAAUUGAUGGUUGGUACUCGUGGUCGCCAGAGAUCGACCUCGAGUUUACCUACGGCGCCUGUGUCUGCUGCACCAAUAGGUCAAUCCACUUCUAAAGACGAACCGAGCUCCCCCUCGUCAAUUCCAAGGAUAUCGAGCGCCACGUCUUUGCCUCUGGCUAUAAGUAAUUUCGGGGGCACCGCAGCUGCAGCGGCAGCGAAUGGGCGGAAGUCCUCGGUGCAUUCCAUCCCAGAAGAUCCAAGCAGUCCAGCCAACCACACGUAUAGAAGAAGGACAGAGCCCAAUAUCUUCCCACACCACCACUACUUGCAUCAGCAACACCAACAGCCUCAGGCACAGGGUCCUACGUCUGCUGGUCCUGCAGUACUGGCCCCGGCUCCCAGCAAUGGCUCUGGCGCUGCUCCUGUACCCCCCUCCAACACCCAGACACACUUGGCUCCACCUCCCAUCUUUCAACAUCCAAGCUACAACCCUGCUGCUGCUGUGUUUAGUCCCUUGGCAAGUGGCCCAUCACCGCCAAAUUCCACCGACUACUUCACCAGGAACAACCAAAGAUCUUCAAUUUCUUCAUCCAUAGACGGCUUGACCAGAACCAACUCAUUGAACGGCCCACUUUCCCUCCCAACCAUCAACGGCAAUGCAAACGCACAGGUUUACCGUAGCAAUAGCCCCAAGAAUGAAAUAUCUCCUCACCAGCAGCACCCACACCAGCCGCUCCAAGGAUUGACUGCAAUUCCUUAUCAAGCUGAGUACUUCCCAGUGAUCUACAGCAGCGUUCCCCCACAGGGCGGCCCACCACAGUCGCAGGUGGUGUACUCUGUGUACCCGCAGCCGGGCUCCAUACAACAGUACGGAGGACUUGGUCCGCCCCACCAACCACAACACCCGCAACACGCACACUAUCAGCAGCACCACCCACAGCAGCUCCAGCACCUCCCAAUGGGUCACCCCCAUCAAAUACAGUCCGGAGACGAGAACAACGCACUCGUCAACAAACGCAGAAUUAUCAAGAGAAGAACCAGAAGUGGUUGUCUCACAUGCCGGAAAAGAAGAAUCAAGUGUGACGAGAGGAAACCUCAUUGUUUCAAUUGUGAAAGGUCCAAAAAGGUUUGCCUAGGGUACGAAAAUGUACCCAAGAAGAAGCCAGGACUGCAAGAAUCGGACGAAGAAGACACUGCCAGUCAUACUAAUAACGGCACUGGUGCCUCCAAUAGUGGAUCGAACACCAGCACACCUACCAACUCUUCCAACUCAAACGAUCCGAUUUUCAUCGAUGCUGCCAAUUACAACUGA